GCACAAUGGCCGGCCCCCGCGGGUAGUGGAGCCCGUUUGUUCCGCCCGCGUCGCGCCUCUUGCCGGAUCCUGUAAGGAGCGGAAGGGCCGAGGGACGUCUUCCCCGCGCCGCCCCGACCCCAGCGGAACCGUGGCCCCCUCCCCGUCCUCGCGCUGAGAACUGUGGGUACCGAUGGAUGUGGCUGAGAGCCCUGAACGGGACCCUCGCUCUCCAGAGGAUGAAGAGGAGGAGCAGCAGGGGCUCUCAGACGAUGACAUUCUGAGAGAAAGUGGGUCUGAUCAGGAUGUGGACAGAGCUGCGGGGAGGGCUUCUGAUUUGGAGGAUGAGGAAAAUGCUGCCCUGGGACUGAGCCAGGAGGAAGAGGAGAGUCGUUCUGAUGAGGAGGAUCAGGACCCGGACUCUGAGCAUCAGGAGCUGAAUAGGGGCCCAGCGAGCCCCCCACGUGCAGAGGAAGGGGAUGGGGGGGAGGAAGAUCGCACAAGUGACCUGAGGGAUGAGGCCUCCUCAGUCACCAGGGAAUUGGACGAGCAUGAGUUAGACUAUGACGAGGAGGUCCCCGAAGAGCCAGCCCCCACUGGGCAGGAUGACGAAGCUGAGAAGGCUGGGGCCGAGGACGAUGAGGAGAAGGGAGAAGGAGCUCCCGGGGAGGAGGGAAAGGCAGGUGUCCACGGUGUGGAAGAAAAGGAGCCCCUGGAGGCCACCAAGGAGAAAAAAAAAGAGGAUGACGACGGGGAGAUCGAUGACGGGGAGAUCGACGAUGAUGAUCUGGAAGAGGGUGAAGUAAAGGACCCCAGUGACAGGAAGGUGAGGCCUCGUCCCACCUGCCGAUUCUUCAUGAAAGAUGUUGUGACACCAUUAUCCACUCUUCUUCCACCAAUAUCAAAUUCCAUACCAUUCAGAGACCAGGUUAAAGGGAACUGUACCUGGGGGAUGAAUUGUAGGUUCAUACACCCUGGAGUCAACGACAAGGGCAACUACUCCCUGAUCACCAAAGCCGAACCUUUCCCGCCUAAUGGUGCCCCGCCUCUCGGACCUCACCCACUGAUGCCUGCCAACCCUUGGGGUGGGCCAGUAGUUGAUGAAAUUUUGCCUCCACCCCCUCCAGAACCCCCUACAGAGAGUGCCUGGGAACGAGGACUUCGGCAUGCAAAGGAGGUUUUAAAAAAAGCAACCAUUCGAAAAGAACAGGAGCCUGAUUUUGAAGAGAAAAGGUUUACUGUGACCAUUGGUGAGGAUGAACGGGAGUUUGACAAAGAAAAUGAAGUUUUCCGAGAUUGGAAUUACCGGAUCACAAGAGAUGUCAGAGACACCACGCUUGAGCCUUAUGCAGAUCCUUAUUAUGACUAUGAAAUAGAACGGUUCUGGCGUGGUGGGCAGUAUGAGAAUUUCAGGGUGCAAUAUACAGAAACAGAACCGUACCACAACUACCGGGAACGGGAAAGGGAAAGAGAGCGAGAGAACAGACAGCGGGAGCGCGAGCGAGACCGAGAGCGGGAGCGCCGGCAGCGGGAGCGGGAACGGGAGCGUGAGCGCGAGCGAGAGCGAGAGCGGGACAAGGAACGGCAGCGGAGGAAAGAGGAGUGGGAGCGAGAGCGAGCCAAGCGGGACGAGAAGGACAGACAGCACAGAGACCGAGACAGAGAGAAGGAGCGAGAGAAGGAAAAGGAGAAGCCAAAGCCCCGCUCCCCACAGCCACCAAGCCGUCAAACUGAGCCACCAAAGAAGGAGGCAGCCUCUACUGGGCCACAGGUGAAGCGAGCAGAUGAGUGGAAGGACCCUUGGCGCCGGUCCAAGUCUCCCAAGAAGAAACUUGGGGUAUCGGUUUCCCCUAGCCGUGCACGAAGGCGUCGAAAAACAUCAGCCUCAUCAGCCUCUGCCUCCAAUUCCUCCAGGUCAUCUUCACGGUCCUCGUCCUACUCGGGCUCUGGUUCGUCCCGGUCUCGGUCCAGGUCCUCAUCCUACAGCUCCUACUCCAGCCGGUCUUCCAGACAUAGCUCCUUCUCAGGCAGCCGGUCCAGGUCCCGGUCCUUUUCCUCGUCCCCGUCCCCAUCUCCAACGCCUUCCCCACACAGACCUUCUGUCAGAACCAAGGGGGAGCCAGCUCUGCCUCCUGGGAAAGCAGGAGAGAAAGCAGUGAAGAAACCAGCCCCACCUCCAGCUCCACCACAGGUCCCCAAGACCACUGCCCCCGUCCCCGAGCCCGCCAAGCCAGGAGACCCUCGGGAAGCCAGGAGGAGAGAGCGACAAGCAAGGACCCCCCCCAGGAGGCGGACCAUCAGUGGCAGUGGCAGCGGCAGCAGCUACAGCGGCUCUAGUUCCAGAUCCAGGUCCCUGAGCGUGAGCAGCGUCUCCUCGGUGUCCAGCGCCACGUCAAGCAGCAGCUCAGUGCACAGUGUGGACUCUGACGACAUGUACGCCGACCUGGCCAGCCCUGUGUCCUCAGCCAGCUCACGGUCCCCAACCCCAGCCCAGACCAAGAAGGAGAAAGGAAAAUCUAAAAAAGAAGACGGUGUUAAAGAGGAUAAGCGGAAAAGGGAUUCAUCCACACAGCCACCCAAAUCCUCGAAAUCUUCCACAGGCAGUAAAUCCUCCCAGCAGCCCACAACCCCCCAGCAGGCACCCCCUGGGCAGCCCCAGCAGGGUACAUUUGUGGCACACAAAGAGAUCAAGUUGACACUGCUGAACAAGGCCGCUGACAAAGGGAGCAGGAAACGGUAUGAGCCCUCAGACAAGGACAGGCCAAGCCCUCCUCCGGCCAAGCGGGCCAACGUGUCCCCAGACCGAGGUUCUCGGGACCGGAAGUCAGGUGGGAGAAUCGGCUCCCCAAAGCCAGAGCGGCAGAGGGGCCAGAAUUCCAAGGCUCCUGUGGCCCCACCAGACAGGAAGCGCCAGUUGUCACCGCAGUCCAAGAGCUCCAGCAAGGUCACAAGUGUGCCUGGUAAAGCCUCAGAUGCCAGCACCACCACCUCCACUGGCACGAAAUCAGGGAAGGCCAGCACACUGUCGAGGCGGGAGGAGCUCCUGAAACAGCUCAAAGCCGUGGAGGACGCCAUUGCUCGCAAGCGGGCCAAGAUUCCUGGGAAAGUGUAAUGGGCCCUGCGGGCUCGGCUCCCCUACCAGAGGCAAAGACUUGCGUGUUUUUAUAAAUAGGGUAAGCGCAGCCAUUUUGGAUUUUGCAGUCAAUGUCUUAUUUUGGCUGUGAUUCUUUUUAAAUAUUAAAAAAGAAAAAAAGUUUCUCAGCUGGAAAAGAAGCCACACACACGUAAUGAAGAUGAUGCUGAACCCCAGCCUCCCCCGACCACACUGACCGGCCCCUUCCAGAGCAGAGGCAGGCAGGCAGCACCGAGCGAGGACGCAGCAGUUUUAUGUAAAUUUUAAGUCCCAGGCGUCCAGAUCAGCCAGCCCGUACAUCUUCCCUCCCGAUCUUCUGUUCCUCCCUCUGCCAGUGAGGCCAGUUCUCGCCCUGCUGUCUGUCGCGGCCUCGCCAUGCGGCUCUCCUGCUGUCGACGGGAACACCGAGUGCUUCUGAGCAACCUCUUCCCCGUCCCUGCCCGUCCCCAGGAUCAAAAUAUAUAUAUAUAUUCUUCACUAAAGUCUGACUGGGAAAUACUUCCUGUCUUAUUUUAAGCAUCAAUUUGUUUUAGUUGAUUUGAAAAUGAACAAAAUACAGAAAGACCAAAAAAAAAAAAAGGCCAAGGGUAUAUUGUUGGGCGUCUGUCUAAUGUGGAGGGUCUUUUUUUGAGGGGUCUCCUAAAAUAAAAUAUUUUGAUAAGCAGCUGCCUUAA